AUGAACUCAGUGAGGUUUUUAGCGGCUCAGUGCCGUUUGGCCACCCGUGGAGUGUAUACUCCAGCUGUUAGAGGGUUUAGAAGUGUUUCGGCAGCGAACUCGGCGUCGACUCCUGCCAGUUCUCAGCCUGCUAGUGAACCAGUGAGAGCUAGAAUGAGUCCUUCUGGACCGUAUGUCGACGAUACCGAGUCAUACUCGAGUGAACAUUUGUACCCUAAGGAGGGAGAAUACGUACAAUCCUCUACAGAAGAAGCAUAUGGAACUGGCCGACCGGUACCAAUCAAUGUCGAACUCAACCACUACGCACCCAUUAAACACAAGCUAACUCAUGGACACCGGGUAGCAGAUGUUCAUUUACGGUCGUUUACCACCCAGAACCUCGAUUUCUAUGCCGAUUUCCUGCUCCGAGUGGCUUUUUACCUCCGAAUUCCCGUUAAAGGAGUCACUCCGCUGCCAAAUAAGACUGAGAAAUGGACGGUGAUCCGGUCGCCAUUUGCACAUGCCAAAUCAAAAGAGAAUUUCCAGAGAAUCACCCAUAAACGACUCAUUCAAUUGUACGACGCCAAUCCCGAGGUUGUGCAAGUGUUUCUUGCCACGGCACGAGAGUAUUCGAUUGGUGGAGUCGGUGUUAAAGCCACUUUAUAUCACAAAGAGGGACUCGGUGUCAUUGAUAAGCUCGAUCUCCCCGAAACCGGGGCCGAGUCCAGCUCUCUGAACCCUCUAUCACUCGAAAACGUGGAUCUCGGGUCCGCCGACAGCGAAGUCGCCCGUGCCGUGCUCGAUAUCCUCGAAGACCCUGUCUUCAAACCCCUUAUGGACGAGGCCAAGCCCACCCAAAAGGCCGAGUAG